AUGCCGCACAUCGCAUAUUUGAAGAAGUAUUUCCAGCAAAAGCCUUCACAAUUGGACACAUUUGAGCAACUUUACAAUGGUGCAUGCCAGCUGAUUGAGUCCGAAGAUUAUUCACAGGCGCUGAGAUAUCUCGAGAGAGCGGAAAAAGUAUGCAGUGAUACACUAAUAGAAGAAGGUUUGGCUGAAGAAGAAAUCGAAGAGGAACUUUCGGUGAUUCGAGUACAGAAGGCGUUCGUGCUUCAAAAAUUAGGCAGAAAUGAAGAUGCUUUCAAAAUUUAUUUGCGCAUCCAAGAUUUAAAUGUUUCGGACAAAAGCGUUGCCGCAACAGUUGCCAAUAAUAUACCGUCGGCUCGCAGCGAGCAAAAUUUGCUGGAAGCACGAAAGAAGCUGAAAGCUGCUCUGCAAGUUGAAAAUUCCAAGCUUACUUGUCGACAGCGACGUACACUGCUACUGAAUCAGGCUUUAGUACACCUCUUCUCAAACCAGCGUGAGCCGUGUCGCCGAACUCUUGAAGAAUUUGCAAAAAAAUUUGGUCGUUGUAAGGAGAUGACAUUGGUUGAAGCAGCACUGCAUGUUCGCUCGAAGGACCCGCAGAAGGCACUUGCGAUUCUCGAGAGCGACACGUCGAACGAGACGAAAUUGACUGCGCUGCAGAUCAUGCUUGAUGAAGGAAAGUUAGAAGAAGCGAGUCAAGUCCUGAACGCACUUCCGCCGAAACUUCUGUCUUUUCCAGCAAUAUUGCAGUUGAAGGUGGCCAUACUGUUGGCUACAAACCAACAGGAGAUGGCACUUGACGUUUUGAAAGAUGCAUUAGGUGCAGCGAGUGAUAAAAAUCUCCGAGCUGAAUUGCUAGAAGAGGUUGCUUCGCUUAACAUACAACUGGAGGACUACCGUUCCGCUGUCGAUUAUUUACAACAGCUUUUCGAACUUCGCCCCGAUGAUCUGCAAGUCGUCUGUCGAUUGAUUAAAGCGUAUGCAACAUUUGACCCGCAAAAAGCAGAGGAGCUUUCGAUGAGGGUAUUCCCGCAUGAGGACAGUUCCGACAUUGAUGUUGACGCACUGGAAUUCUCGGAUGCAGUACUGUAUGGCGAUCGUUAUCGUCAGAAGAAAGAAACGAAAGUGGAGACACUGCCCGAUACGGAAAUAGUUACCAGUAAACGAAAAGCAUGGAAACGUAAGCGCAAGAUCAUUUUACCGAAGAACUUCGAUCCUAAAGUGCCACCUGACCCGGAACGUUGGUUACCGAAACAGGAACGCACCGCUUUUAAGAAAAAGCUCAACAAAAAGCACCGUGAUCGCGACAUUGGCAAAGGAACACAAGGAGCAGUGAGUUCUUCAAGCCAAGUUGAGACGACGGUAUCUUCAACGAAAGUUGGCAGUUCAACAAAUCCAGCAGCUCCGGGGCCUAGAUUGGAAGGACCUCGGCAACAAAGGCCAGCAGGACAACAAGUGAAGAAGAAGAAAAAGAAGACGGGCAAUAAAUGGUGA